AUGGCGAUGCCACAAUUACAUGGGCGGACAAAAAGUGUGACAAAAAGAUCCAAGAAGUACCUAGAAGAAGCACUGUACAUGAGGCUGUUCAAACAAGGCAGCUCAGAGGUAAGUGUGAGACAACAGUUGAAUCAGUUCCUCAAGAGCUCCAAGCAUGUCUUUAAAUGGGAAGUUGGCGACACCAUCAAGAAGCUUCGCAGUCGCAACCUUUAUUACCCUGCUCUCAAGCUAUCAGAAACUAUGUCUAAUAGGGGCAUGAAUAAAACCAUCAGUGAUCAAGCUAUCCAUCUUGAUCUAGUUGCCAAAACUCGGGGCAUACCUGCUGCAGAAAAUUACUUCAUUGAUCUUCCCGAAGCAUCAAAGAACCUUCUGACAUAUGGAGCUCUUCUCAACUGUUAUUGUAAAGAAUUGAUGACUGAAGAAGCAGAAGCUCUCAUUGAAAAGAUGAAGGAACUCAAUCUUGGUUUAAGCUCCAUGUCUUACAACAGCCUUAUGACUCUCUACACAAAAGUAGGCCAGCCUGAAAGGAUCCCCGCAAUUAUACAAGAAAUGAAGGCGGGCAACAUCAUGCCAGAUUCUUACACAUACAAUGUCUGGAUGAGGGCUCUGGCAGCUGUAAAUGAUAUUUCUGGUGUUGAAAGAGUAAUGGAGGAGAUGAAGAGGGAUGGCCGAGUUGCUGCGGAUUGGACAACAUAUAGCAACUUAGCCUCGAUUUAUGUUGAUGCUGGCUAUUCUGAAAAGGCAGAAAAGGCACUUAAGGAAUUGGAGAAGAGAAAUGCAAACAAAGAUCUUUCUGCUUUUCAGUUUCUGAUUACUUUGUAUGGCCGAACAGGAAACUUGCUUGAAAUUUAUCGAAUAUGGCGUUCUUUGAGGUUGGCUUUUCCAAAAACUGCAAAUAUAAGCUAUCUAAAUAUGAUCCAAGUGCUGGUUAACUUGAAAGAUGUACCUGGUGCAGAGAAUUGCUUCAGGGAAUGGGAAUCUGGUUGCUCAACAUAUGAUAUCAGGAUUGCAAAUGUUCUCAUCAGUGCCUAUGCCAAGGAAGGUUUGCUAGAUAAGGCAGAGGAACUCAACGAGAGGGCCCGCAGGAGAGGAGCCAAGCCUAACGCUAAAACCUGGGAAAUAUUUUUGGAUUAUUAUUUGAGAAACAAGGAUAUCAAAUUGGCUGUUGAUUGUUUAGCCAAUGCAGUGUCUGCUGGUAGAGGGAAUGGUCAGAAGUGGGUGCCAUCACCUGUGAUUGUAGGGUCUUUGAUGGCACAUUUUGAGCAGCAGAAGGAUGUAGAUGGUGCAGAGGGACUUAUUGAGAUUUUGAAGAAGGCUGUAGAUGAUGUAGCGGUGGAGGUGUUUGAGUCAUUGAUUAGAACUUAUGCAGGUGCUGGAAGGAAAAGCCACAUGAUGCGUCGCCGAUUGAAGAUGGAGAAUGUUGAAGUGAAUAAUGAUUGUCAGAAGUUGCUUGAAGGAUUAUGCGUGGAGUGA